CUUCAUCUAGACGACAAUGCCAGGGAUGAAAAGAGACUGUGGUGGAGCCGCUGCUAUUCUGGGGGCUUUCAAGGCCACCAUUAAACAGGGCUUUAAGGAUAAUCUCCACGCAGUGUUUUGUCUCGCAGAGAACUCAGUUGGACCCACAGCCACGCGACCUGAUGAUAUCCACAUACUCUAUUCUGGAAAGUCGGUGGAAAUCAACAACACUGAUGCAGAGGGCAGGCUGGUGCUGGCUGAUGGAGUGGUGUAUGCCAGCAAAGACCUGUCAGCUGAUAUUAUUCUGGAUAUGGCUACACUGACAGGGGCACAGGGAAUCUCCACAGGAAAGUACCAUGCAGCUGUGAUGACAAACAGCGAGCAGUGGGAGGCUGCAGUUGUGCGCGCAGGCCGCAGUAGCGGAGAUCUCGCUCACCCUCUGGUCUACUGCCCCGAACUGCACUUUAGUGAGUUCACCUCUGCCAUGGCUGACAUGAAGAACUCUGUGGCAGAUCGAGAGAAUGCCCAGAGCUCCUGUGCUGGCCUCUUUAUUGCAUCUCACCUGGGCUUUGAUUGGUCUGGUGUGUGGGUCCAUGUUGACAUUGCCUCUCCUGUUCAUGCUGGGGAGCGUGCCACGGGAUUUGGUGUUGCUCUGCUCAUGGCCCUGUUUGGUCAGGCAUCCGAUGACUCCAUGCUGAACCAAGUUUCUCCUCUGGGCGCACCCGCCAACAUGUCCGAAGACCGCAUGGAACGUGACUGCAAGCGACGAAGACUGGUGUAAAAAUGACACGGUUCACUCCCUGACUGCUCCUGUGCCACCACACACUCAAACUGUUAAAGCAAGUGCUUGUCAAAUUUAGAGUUAAAAUUUAGAGUUAAAAUGUUUAAAGCCGAGUUGGCAUUCUGCGUUUGACAUCACUCAAACAGGAUAAAGUAAAUCAAAUGUAUAGAUGAUUGUGAUCAAACACAGGCCCUCAUUUGUCCUCAUUACUUGGUACAGUACAAGGUGCGCUGAUCAACUCCUGAGCUUUUUCAUUAUUCAGUUCAUUGAUUAUAUUAAAACCUAAGCAAAGUGGGUUAUUUUAAUUCAGUAUUUUUGUUUUUUUAACAGAUUCUACAGUUAAUGCAGUUUAAAAGUUUUACCUCGUACCUCAAAUAUUGCUUUCAAAUGUCCACUUUAUCAGUAGGAAUUUCAUGUUUUAUGCAAAUCAAGGUUUAUGCCGUACAUGUUUUGUUUAAAAGUUAUGAAGAUUACUGGAUCAAGAUCAGUAAAGAUAGAUGUGUUUUUGGUAACCGCUUUGUAUUCACCCUAUGUAUCUUUGGACUGCCUAAUCUCUGGACCAAAAUGAGUGCUCACUGCACUUUUUAGCGGUUUCAUAAUGUCAGAUGACUGGUGACAUGCCUUGUCAGCGUAAAACACACCAGAUGUUAACUGUAAGUUGAAGCAUUAGUUUCCAGCACGUUUAUUUUCCAUUCAUAUGACAGUGUUGUCCUUCAAUAAAGGCGGUGCCAGCUGUC